AUGCAGGAUCAUGACUCUGCUGAGUACUUUACUAUUGCGACGUGUGAGGUGGUCAAGACAAUCUCUGAGAAAUGCCAGGUACUGGGAAAAAUGCUGGACGCCUCACGUGUGAAGCUCCAAAGUGCACAAGGAAUCGCACAAGACUCGGUGUUUGCACAGACACCGCUUCUCCAUGAGAUGGAUUGCGUGUUUGAACAGCUCCAGAAUCGCUCAGUGGACCCGAAUAUGGUGGGCGGUGAGCAAGGCAAGACGCUGUUUGACUUUGUCGAUGCAGAGACAGUUCAAUCAUUGCAACAGGAUGCUUUAGAGCAGACAAAAGAGGUGGAAGAAUUGUUGGCAGCACAUCAACAUGCGAUUGAAAGGAUCGCAGCUAUUUAUGAAUUCUUCAGGAUGUUUAACAAAGCUCAUGGAAGUGAUAUUGACGUGCUAGUUGGAGAGCAACGAGACAUUACUUCAAUCACAGAUGACGAUGUGAAACCAAUUGAAACGAUUUACGACGCAGCAGUCAACUUUUUCGUCGACACGGAGCAGUGCGACCGGUUCCUGCUGCAGUACUUCACUACAAUCAACGAUAUCUAUCCACACUACGAGGUGAUAUUUGCAGAUGUGCAGCUCUUGUUUGAUGAGCUACGUAGUCUUCGGGAUUUCUAUCUCCACUUUCUGGCAUCUUACCAGUCUAUUGAAACCGAACUGCUUCGACGUAAGCAGUAUGACUCGAAAGUCCGCCAAUUUAUCGAGCAGACAAAAGCCAAGCUUGCAGUUCUAGCGCAAGAAGAAGUUACCAUGCGGAGUGCGUUUUGUGAAGAGCAUGCGCGCUUCUUGCCAUCCACACUGUGCCCUGUGAUUCAGAGUUUGCCUGACAAAUUCGAUAUUGUCCGGGCACGUGAUGGAAGCGAUUCCGUGGCAAUUGAAAAGGCACAAUAG